AAAUGGAAUUCCAUUAUAAGAAUCCUCAAAUCAAUCACCUUUUUCUUGAGCAACAAUUUACAUACAGAUUGCAGCUAUGAGAUCUUAUCUCUCUCUCUAUCUCUCUCUAGAAUCUAGCAAAAGAACUUGAGCUGGAAGUGAGAUUUGCAAAUAUGCUUUUUACAGAGAGAGAGAGAAGCAAAAGUUGGAUGCAAAACAGGGCCCUCACAUCAAUCUUUCAGUAUCAUAUCAUAGUGUAAUAAUUAUCUAAAUUUAUAAUGAAUGCAUGAUUGAUUUCAAUUACAAUCAUAUUCCCUUUUCAAAUCAACUAAGAAAGAAAGAAAAAGAGCUAGAGUAGUGCUUUUAUGAUGGAAAACAAGAGAGUAAAGAAACAACUUCCUAAGAAAAACUUGUGGAAACCAGAAGAGGACUUGAUCCUGAAAAACUAUGUGGAAACUCAUGGUGAAGGGAAUUGGCAAACUGUGUCCAAGUUAACAGGUUUGAAGAGAGGUGGAAAGAGCUGCAGAUUAAGAUGGAAAAAUUACCUCAGACCAAAUAUAAAACGUGGUGGAAUGUCUCAAGAGGAAGAAGACCUUAUUAUCCGAAUGCAUAAGCUUCUAGGAAACCGAUGGUCACUGAUUGCUGGCAGGCUUCCCGGAAGAACAGACAAUGAAGUGAAAAACUAUUGGAAUACCCAUUUGAACAAGAAAACAUCUGCAGUGGGGAAAAGAAAACGUGUAAACAAUAACAGUGACCACCAAAACGACACAAAAAGCACUGAGACAACAAACAAAACGAGCGAAAUCCAAGACCCUCCUAAUCCCAUGUUGAGCAGCGAAACUCAAAAAAUCUCCAAUGAUCUUAUGGAUGACACAAAAAGCUUCAACUACAAAAUAGAAAAUCCCAUUAUGGCUACAAACAGCUCCACUUUUGUCUUCGAUGAUGAGCCUCUCCCUAUCAUAACUUACAUGGAUUCCUUCGUUUGUUUUGAAGCGUUUGGACACACUGCAGGGUUGGAGAAUCAUGCAAAGAUAGGAAGGCAAUCAGUGUUUCCAUAACGUAUCUUUUUUAAGAAAAGAAAAUAAGGAAAAGAAAAAAGUAGUUUUAUUUAUAGGGACUAGUGUACUAAAUAAAUAAUCAAAGCUACUUUCACUCCUGGAUGGAGACCCACUCAUUCACUCACAUACUUGUCGUUUGUGUAUAAGUGAAUACAAGUCUCACUAAUGUACUUGUGAAACCAACAUUUAAGGGUAGGAACUAAAAUUUGAAAACAUUGCUGGAUCGCAACACUUUGUGCU